AAUUCAUUCGUUCGCCUGCCGCUGACGCAGUUGGUUCAAAGCUAAUAUUUUAACUUCCGAUUACAUUAAUUGAGUUUGCGCUGUGUUGAUUUUGUUGUUGUGGAAAUGAAUUCACGUCGACGCUGGCGCGAGGAAUCUCCGGAGGAUGCCGAGCCCGUGGAAAUGGGCGGCCGUCCAAGCAAAAUGCCGCGUCGCAACGACCACAAAGAGGUUAUGGGCACCAUUGAGAACCUCAUGGUCAAGCUGAGCGACAACAGCGCCACGGUGCAGGGACGCAUUGAGGAUCUGAGCUACUAUGUCGCGGAUACGCUGCACAUCUACAAGUGGGACAUACUGCGCAUUCUGGUCGAAUGCGUCGCCUCGCAUCCGAUGCAGACCGGCGCCUACGCGACCUUUGUGGGCCUGGUCAAUGUGCGGGACUACGAGUUUGGGGGCGAGUGCCUCAAUUGCUUGGUGCAGCAGCUGCUGAAGUCCCUGCUCGAGGGCGAGUGGGCCAAGGCGCGCAGCCUGGUGCUGCUGCUCGCCGAUCUGGUCAAUACGAAUGUGCUGACAGUUGGCUCGAUGCUGCAGCUGCUCAACGCGCUGACCGAUGUCUGCGAGGAGGAGGCGUCGCCGCAGAGGCGUCGCGACUUUUAUGCCCAUCUGGUGCUCGGCACCUUGCCGCUCAUCGGACGCGAGCUCUACGAGAAGAAGGAGGUGGCGCUUCAGGCGCUGAUCAAGCGCUUGCAGCUCUACAUGAAGAAGGAGCGCAGCUGCACGGACGGUGUGCGUCUACUGCGCAUCUGGAGCAACGGGGAUGUGCCGCAGCACGAUUACCUGGAGCUGCUCUGGCAGCAGAUUACGCGCCUGCUGCGCGACAACUGGAUCGAGCAGGAGCUCCUGCGCCCCUAUGCGCCCUUCGAUGAGACGCUGAGCACCGCGCUGCAGCAUCAUCUGCCCGCACUGGAGCCGCCACGCUAUGAGCCCGACACGGUGACCUAUCCGCGCCCCUGGCUUGUCUUUCGCCUGUUCGAGGUGAGCGACUUUCCGCCUGAGAUGCGCAUGCCCGACGAGCUGGACAUUGGACGGCAUGCCAUCGAAUCGCAUAUACUGGAGACGCUGCAGCUGUACCAUUUGGAGCGCAAGAUCUGCGCCGAGCGGCUGCUGGCCUAUUGCGUUGCCAGGCCAGCGCUGGCCAUGGAGCACUGCAUUGUCGAGGUGCUGCUGGGCCAAAUGCUUCAGCUGCCCAGCUCGCCGCUGCUGACCAUCAACUAUGGCGCCUUGCUCAUCGAGCUCUGCAAGCUGGUGCCCGACAAAUUCCCGCGUGUCGUCGCCCAGGCGGCCGAUAUGCUCUACACGCAAUUGGAAUACAUGAACGCGUCCAGCUUUGAUCGCUUCGUCAAUUGGUUCUCGCAUCAUCUGAGCAACUUUCGGUAUCAAUGGAACUGGCAGGAUUGGGAGAGCUGCACCACCGUGCCGGAACUGCAUCCCAGCGCCAUGUUUGUGCGAGAGCUGCUUAAGAAGUGCAUGCGCCUCAGCUACUAUCAGCACGUUGUCCAGAUGAUGCCGAUCUCCUUUGCGGCCCUGCUGCCCGUUUCGCCGGAUCCGAAUUUUAAGUACAUUAACGAGCUGCUGCCCGGUGCCAAGCUGGCCAAGCACCUGCUGGAGGCUAUACGCAGUAAGUGCGCGCCGGAGCUGCUCGGCGGUCUGGUGGAGUCGACCACAGAAUUGGAGGACGCACUCAAGAUCAAUGUGCUGAUGCAGACGUUCCUGCAUUUGGGCUGCAAGUCCUUUACACACAUAUUUUCCAUCUUCAGCAAGUUUCAGCCCGUGUUGAAGAUGUUGGCCUGCAAUGAUGCCAACCAAAUGUCUAUGCUGAGCGCCCUCUUCGAACUGUGGGCCAGCAACGAGCAGGUCAAGUUGGUCGUGGCUGACAAAUUGAUGAAAAUGCAAAUUGUGGGCGCUCACGUAAUUGUGGCCUGGGUCUUUGAUCCCGCACUCAAGCAGGAGCUGGUCAAAAUGUACAUGUGGGAACUGCUCAACCUGACCGUUAAGUACACCAAGUUCCAUCGACGGGACAGCGAACAGGAUCAGGGUGCACGUCUGGAGGCCCUGCUCCUGAAUAUAGUCCAAAGCUGCGUUCAAGUUCUUACAAAGCAUCAACCAGCGAGCCAGGAACUGGAGAUCGAUUACUGGUUCGACUGGGUCCAGGGUCGCCUGCAGGAAUUGCUCUUCAACUACAUGGAUGAUGUGCGCAAUAUUAGCAGUAAAGUGCGACAAAUUGCAUCCGAGCUGGAGGAGUGCAAGCGCUUGGCCAACAUGUUCGAUGACUACUUGGACUAUAUACAAUAGGCGCAAGUUAUCUGAUGAAUAAUAUGUUAUUUAUUUUACUCUGGUAUUAAACUUAUUAUUAUUAAA